UAUGUGAAUCCACAUAGCUAUGACAGCAACAGCACCACCGGCAGCGGCAACAUAAGUGGCUCGACAGCCAUCAUGUUGCCGCUGCCGCUCACGCUGCAACUGUUGCCCGAUCAGAGCAAUCAGAGCAGCAGCAGCAAUGGCCUGAGCCUGGGCGCCAUUAGUCGGCCAGCGACAACGACGACGCUUAGCACACUGAAUACAUAUCUGUUUCCGUGUGGUGCCGACUCAGCGGGCACCAUCGGCGGAGGCACCUUCAAUGGCAGCGCCAGUUGCGAUCUGGACAGCAAUUUUAGCCACAUGGUUGCUGGCGGCAGCGAGGCGGGCAGCUCCACUGGGCACAGUCCCUGUCCAAUGGCAUUUAAUGGUGCUGGUGCAGCAGCAACAGGAGCUGGCGGUGCAGCCGGUGGUGCAUUGGGACUUGCUGUCAAC